AGGGUUUUUGGGGUAAUUAGGGUUAGGGUUAGGGUUAGGGUUGUUGUGAGGAGAUGGAAGAGACUGAGCUUGAAGAAGGAGAGGCUUGUUUUGACGACAUUGACGAAAGCAUUGACCCUGAUAUAGCUCUCUCUUACAUUGACAAGAGGCUUCAAGAUGUGUUGGGUCAUUUUCAGAAAGAUUUUGAAGGCGGCAUUUCUGCAGAACUUUUGGGGCCGAAAUUUGGUGGGUAUGGAUCAUUUUUACCCACACAUAAGCAGUCUCCUGCAGUUCAUUCUCAUACGAAGACUCCUCAGAGAAUUCUGAAUUUCAACAAACCGCGUUCACCUGACAAUUUUCGUUUGGAGGGUGUUCCCUUGAAUUCAGUCACACACAGAGAACCUAUCCUCCCUGUUAGACCAGCUGCUGCUGCUGAUGAUUUUGCAAGCAAAGAUACAUCUUCAUUGCUUGUUUCAAUUGGUGCAACAUGUCUAUCAAAAAAUGAAACCAUUGCAAGUAAUGUGGUAAAUCCAACUGAGCAAAGGUCACUGAAGGUACGAAUUAAAGUAGGUUCUGAUAAAUCUGCAAGGAAAAAUAUUGCAAUCUACAGUGGUCUUGGACUUCUUUCUCCAUCUUUCUCAACGGGCAACAAUCCCGAGGAUAGUGGUGGACAACCAACGGAAUCUCAUGAUAUCACUCCUAAUUCUCCUGGCAGCAUAUUACGUGAAAUGACGUCCUUCCUUGUCCCUGGCAACCGGCUGCUCUCACCACUAAAUGAGAGUCUACUUUGCUUAACAAGGAGGGGAAGAGUCUUGGAGAAUAGGCUUACACCUCCCAUCAUGGACAGAAAAAUAAGCUCUACUUUUGUGGAUGAUUCAUCUUCUGUUCUUGGAGAAGGGAAGCUGAUGGAAGGAAAGGAAGUAAGUUCAAGAGACAAAAGUGAAGUUGUGGAAAAAAUGAAAUACAAGAACAGUACAGGUUUUAAGGGUGACAAGGCUCCAUUUCUUGAAAAAGGUGUGGGCGCAGAAUCUCUUGACAGUAAGCAAUAUUUAACCAAUGAUUUCAAAGUCAAGCUGUCAUCCAAUUCUGUACGUUGUAGUGGCGGUAUGUUGACUGCUGCUGUUACAACAUCUGAAGCAAAUCGAGCAGCCAAGAAAGACAUACUUGUAAAGAAAAGAGAAAUACAAAAAGAAUGGAUGAAAGAACAAUUGUUUGGCCCUGAUUUUACAAGCAAGGAGUCAGAGGCGGUCUGUGGGCAGGAUUGUGGAAGCUACGAGCAGAAAGAUGUCAAACAUAGUUCAAUAGAGCAUACUGAGGAAACCAAGGCAAGGUCCUCCACCAAAAAGCUUUCACUUGAUUCAAGGGGAACCGACAGGAUCAAAGGUAGCACAGUUCGUUCAGUUUGUAAAAAUGACACUGAUGUUUCUAAGCAUGAGCCAGAUCGUUUCGAAAAGAAGGUUGCUUCUGAAGCUACCACACGUGAACCGCAUGAAGUAAAAGUACCUCGUGGUAUUAACAAAUUGCCAUUUGAAAAAAAAACAAAGUUAAUGGGUAUUCGAAGCAGUGGCAUAUCACCUUCCAGGUUAGUGAAGGAGAACUUGAGGUCUGGUCCCUCUGGAGCAAUGAAAGACAAGAAGACUGCUCAAAAAGAUAUUGUCAAGGUACGAAAUAGCUACAAAGAUGUACUUGACACAAGGGUGAAGGAACAGAAUGACCAAACAAAAGCAUUAGAGAUGCCCACUGACAAUGGAGCAAAUCGCUGGGAACUUGGGGAAGUAAAAGGUAAACACGUUCCCAUAAAUGAAUUUUCCGCUGAAGCAGCAGUCCCUCUGCCAAUAGAAGUCGCUCCAGCAGCCCCACCAGACAAUUGGGUAGGAUGUGAUCGUUGCGAGAAGUGGCGCCUCCUGCCAAUUGGUAUUGAGCCAGAGAAUCUGCCUGAUAAGUGGCUGUGUAGCAUGUCAACAUGGCUGCCUGGAAGGAAUCAUUGUGAUAUUAGUGAGGAUGAAACCACAAAGGCAGUUCAGGAGAUGAACCUUCACUUAAUUUCUCAGAAGCGGGACAGCCUUCAAUAUAAUGGUAGUGGGGUUAUAUCUGGAGUAGUUCCAGUUAAUGUUGGGAACUCUGGCCAAACCAACUUGAAUAUUAAUGCGGAUACCAAUCCUGAUAGUUGGAAGAAGAACAAGUUCAGACCUGAAGAUAGCAACUCUAGUCUGAGACAAACUUCACAUUCAUCAAUGGAUGCUCAGCAGCAUAAACAGAAAAGAAAAAGUUCGAGUGAAGCAAACCAAUCAUUGCUUGAGAAAAAUGUGGUCAAUAAGCCUAUUGAUCUGCAUCCAAGAAAGUUGAGCAACUUCGCUGUGGGAAGGCAUGCUGCUAAAGUAAAUGGGAAGGAUGUGACUGGAGGUGAUCUGAAGCCUAAAAAGCUGAAAAGCAAGACAGGGUCUGAUCAGUAUCACUAUCUAACUUCAAAUAAGUUCAAGACUGAAGCUGCACCUAAUACUGAUGGUUACCGGAAUAACAAACCUGUUAGGGACCUUGGUGGAAACGGUUUCAGUUCAAAUCCUACUUUGCCAUCCAUGGCAGAUGAGAGAGAUAUGGAACAAGAUGAUGAGCAACUGUACACUAGCAAUGGAGAUCAUCAGUGCAGGGACAGGUUGAUAAUUUCAGUCAAGAGACAGAAGGAAAGUACUCAGGUAUCCAUGAAGAGUAAAUUAUCAGAUAGGAGGAGUUCUGAAAAAGUGGAAAUGCAUGCAAAGAAGAGAAAGUUAAAAGACUGGCAGGAGAGUCAGCCAUAUGGGAACACAUUGGAAAGCACUGAAGAUAACCUUCCUGAUACCAAAACUAGAGAGGAAAGCAGUGAUAGAACAGGAAGGAAAGAGAAGAGAUUAAAGACUUCUAAAACUGAGGUAAAGGAGUCUGCUGCAAGUAAAGGUGAUGACAGAUCUUUCCAUAAAGGAAAAACGAUGAAAAUCAUAUUGCCCGCUAGUAAAGAGAAUUCUGUCGAGAAAAGUCAUGAGAAGAAUCAUCAGCAGGAUAAACAUAGAGAAGAUAGAGAAAAGGCUACUUCUCGACCGAAUCUUAGAGAACUUUAUUCUUCAAGAAAGGAUUUGGAAUCUGAACGAUUUCUGCUUGCUGCCACUUCAAGUUCUUCAAAGGUUUCAGAUUCUUGUAGAAGGGCUAGCUUGCAAGAAAGAAAGGGGUCACCAGUAGAGUCAGUUUCAUCAUCUCCUAUGAGGGCUCUUAAUCUGGACAAGCUUUCACCUGCUGUUGGGAGAAAUAUUUCAAGAAAAGGUCAUGCUAAAAUUGGUGGUACUGGGACUGAAAUUCCAAGAAAGUUAAUGGCCAGGGAAGAUGAUAUGAAGGUCCAUAGAUCUGUGCAAGGCUUACGUGACACUGAUGGAAGUCAAAGAUUUGGUGGCAAAGUUGAACCGAAACAUAAAGAAGCCUCCAAGAUUAGGAACACUCAUAUGAUAAUGUAUGACACUGAUGCUGUUAUGGAACAGGCAACAGGUCAAUCUGAUUUGCAAGCUGUAGAUAAUUGCUGGAGUGAUGGUAGAAUGAGCACGAAAGACGAUGCUACUGGUGCUCUGAUUCCACAGAGUUCUGGGAAGGCAUCUUCAUCAAGGUCCAAGGAAAAUGAUAGAAGAUGUAGUUUCCAAAGAGUAAGGGUAAAGGUGUCUGAUUCAUUUACUGAGCAAGAACCAUAUCCUAAUAAAAUGAGGAGGGUUGAAGUGGAUGCUGCUCAUUGUGAACCUGCCUCAAAUCCUGAAGUAAUAGGUGAUGGGAGACGGAUAUAUCUAAAUGAGUCUAGUGCCAAAGUUAGUAAUGAUGGUAAGAGUGUGGGCAAUAAGAUUUCUAGAAGACGGACCGUUGACACCAUAGGAGAUGAGAAGCCAUCAUUGAUAGAGCAUGCUGGAUCUGAAGCAAAAUUAGGUGAUGUGGGUAGUUCAGGAAUGAAGCCUGUUAAAAGAGACAUGAGAAAAGUAUUUGUGGGUGACCUAUCAAGGAAAAGGGACUUGAAUGAGGAAGAGCAAACAGCAGAAGCUAGCCCUUGCUCUGUAGCUAAGAUAGGCGAGUCUGCUCUGGUUCGUCAUCUGUCGUCUAGAUCUUUGGAAACAACGGCUUUGGAUGUACAAUCAUUUGGCGAUUCUGGUCAUAAUGUGUCCAAAGUAUUGAAACAUACCGGAGAUACUGCUAACCAGAAGGUUAGAAGUCUUGUGACUGACAGUGGUACAAUGAAGGAUCUUGGUGUUAUAAGUUUUGUGAAGGAGUACAUAUCUAGUCAAACUGCUAUGACUGCCUUCAAGAGAGCUGAGGAGUCGAAGGACUAUGCUGAUCGUAUAAAGAUUUCUGGAUUUGAUUAUGAGUGCAAGGAUGCAUACUUUGACUCCGCUUUGAAGUUUCUCUAUGCUGCUAGUCUUCUAGAGGCCUGCAGCACUGACUUAAGCAAAUCAAAAGGAGUGGAUCCAGUGAAUGUUUACAGUACUUCUGCCAAACUUUGCAAAACUUGUGCUCAAGAAUUUGAGAAACAAAAAGAAUUGGCUUCUGUGGCACUGGCUUAUAAAUGCAUGGAGGUGGCAUAUAUGAGGAUAGUUUAUUGCAAGAGCUUGUUGACUAGGCAGGACUUGCAAACAAGUUUGCAAAUGGUUACUCAUGGUGAAUCACCAUCGUCUUCCGCAUCUGAUGUUGAUAACUUAAACAAUCAAGCAACGAUGGACAAGACCAUGUUGUCUAAGAGCAUUGCACAUACUGGAAACCAUGUUGUUGCUCGAAAUCAGGCCAACUUUCUGAGGCUACUUGACUUGACAGGUGAUGUAAGUCUUGCAAUGGAAGCUUCGACAAACACACAGAAAGCUUAUGCAACUGCCAGUGCAAGCCUAGAAGAAGCUCAGAACAAAGAGAUGAUGAUUUCAGUCAAAAGGGUUGUUGACUUCAGUUUUCAAGACAUAAAAGAAGUUGUGUGUUUGGUUCAACAUGCCCGUGAGGCCAUCAAUCGUCAAGGCUUCAGAGGCAGGGAUUAGUUGGCGGCUAAGCUGUAUAUAACAACAUUUUGGCAUCUUUUCUCCAGCAUGCAAGUGCAUGGAGUUUUGUUAAUGAGUCGGACCUAUCUGUACAAAACAGGAUCAGGAUCAGGAUCAAGAUUGAGUUGGUAAUACAAGAAAGUAUAUCAUUUUUGACCGAAAAGAGGUAAAAAUCGUCCACCCUUUUAGCACUUUGUGAUGGUGUUGGGUAUAUGAGAUGAAAACACUGGAGAGGCUUUAUGUAGGGUAUUGUUGCUCUUUAUAACUUUACAUGAUGAUCCAAUUGGUUAGCUUUUACCAUAAAAUAUUUAAAUUUAGAACAAAAAAUC